AUGGAAGUUAUUCAAGCUGAUAUUCUUUAUAUGCCAUUUGAAAAGGUAGGUGGAAUAACUUAUAUGUUUUGCCUUACUUGUAUAGAUAUAGCUUCUCGAUAUAAAGGUGCCGUUCCAAUUGGAACUACUCUUGAUGUUUUGAAUAUGGAAGAUUUUUCUCUAGAAGGUGUACUAACUUCAUCUGUAGUUGCCGAUGCCUUUGAAAAACUUUUAAACGAUCCUAAUAAUCUUUUUAGAUGGGAUAAGUUAAAAUUAGUAAUUACAGAUAAAGGCUUGGAAUUUAAAGGUCAUUUUGAAAAACUCUUAAAAAAACGUAAAAUAAAAAAUCAGAAGGCUAAUUCUAAUAAUACUAUGGGUCCUAACGAAAGCUUUAAUAAGACUUUAAGUAAAAAAUUGUUUCAAAUACAAGAUGCGCAGGAAUUAUUAUUGCCUAUACCUCAAAGGUCUCGAAUUUGGAAAAAAAAUCUUUCUACCGUAAUUAAUAUAUUAAAUAAUACUGUAACUCAGUUAAUAGGAAUGACGCCUACUGAUGCUGUAAAAAAGGAACAUGUAUAUGCAAAAUCUUCUAAACCUCGUAAAGGACCCUGCUUUAUCAUUUCAGAAAUUGGAAAACUUUUUCAACAAAUUUGUUACUGA